GCUGGCACACACGACGACAAGUGUUAUCCAUUAUGGCAGACCUUGUUCCAAUGUCUACCAUUCAGCAGUAUAUACCGGGUGUUACAGAAUACCGCAUCAAAGCAGCUAGAAAGCACACGUUAAAGUAUGGCCGAGGAGUACCCGUUGAUGUUGCAAAAAGUCCAAGGAUGCUCGUCGAUGAUUCUCAACUAGACCACUUUUUAUCAUUCUUAACAAGCCCCCAUAUCAACCUUGACAUUCCGUUUGGCCAGCGGUAUCUUCGACUUUCAAAUGGUAAAAUCUUGGAAACUCCCAACGUUAUACGGUCCAUGAUCCUAGUGCGAAAGUCCCUUCAGGGCUUAGAUUAUAUAACAGCUGAAGGAGGGAAAGCUAUCGACGACCUCGCAUCAAUUGCGCAGAAACUUGUUAGCUAUGGAGUGGAUAGCCAUUUUGUACAAAACUGCUGUGAAUCUCUGAAAAAAGGCAAGCAAUAUCUAAAGGCAGACUACAAGUUACAUGUAGUGGACAAGUCCACCAUUCCARAUCAUUGCAGAUUUCAUGCCCUUAGUGACAGAGAAAAUGAAGACUUCAGCGAGAAGUGUGAUCACAACCAUGAUGAGAGUUGCUCUUCCUGUGAAGAACUAAAGCUAGCCAUGACRAGUAUCAAGUCAACCAUAGACAACACACAACUCAAUGACGACGAGCGUGACAAUAUGACUUAUAUAUACCAACAAGCUGUACAGGCAGUAGAAGCAUGGAAAGCUCACCAACUAAGAACCACGCAGCAAGAUAAAGCACGCGCCGACCUUAUCGACCAAUUGGAUGACUCAACUGUCUUGAUUACUCUCGACUGGGCCAUGAAGUUCCUUCCUCAGAAAUAUCGUGAGACCCAAGCCGACUGGUUUGCUAAAAGAGGGAUUUCAUGGCACAUCACUGCAGUCAAGAGACUGAUGAUGUAUUGCUGAUAGUUGAACACCUACUCCAAGCUCUUAAAAAAUCACAUCCCGAAAUUGAAAAAGCCUUUCUUCGCGCUGACAAUGCUGGCUGUUAUCACAGCGUUGCAAUGCUGACUGUCGGUCAUCUUCUACAGUCAACUGGCAUUUCAGUGAAGAGAAUCGAUUUUAGUGAUCCCCAAGGUGGUAAGGGUCCUUGUGACCGCAAAGCGGCGACCAUCAAAGCUCAUGUUCGCCGAUACAUCAACGAGGGAAAUGAURUUUUGACGGGUUUGCAGUUUAMAGAAGCCAUGCUCUCGUAUGGUGGCGUUAAAGGCGUUAGGGYAGCGUUGGUAAAUUUGCAAGGUGAACACAGCACUGUACCAGAAGGAAAAAUCGAUGGGGUAAGCUCCCUAAACAACUUUUCUUAYGAGAAAAAGGGUUUAGUAACAUGGAAAGCAUAUGAGAUUGGCAAAGGGAAAGAAAUUCCAUGGACUAGUUUAAAAGUACGUAGCUGCCUCUCAAGAAAUGCCCUUUCCAGCUUUACCUUCAGUUCUGGCAAGUUUGUAGUUGCUGGCUCAACAGAAAGCAGACYGAAUUCUCAUCAACAACCUGAUGAAGACAGAGAUCAAGCGGAAUCUGACAGCAAGCUAUUCCACUGCCCUAAAGAUGGGUGCGUCAGCGAGU